AUGCUGCCUGGUUGGGGAACAUUGAUAGCUGGACAAAGGAUCCCUAUGGUGUUUACCCUCAUUUGCUACAAUUCCAAAGGAAGUUGGCAUUUGGUGCAGUCAUCUGAUAGAAGGGGCAUGAAGGUUUGGAUCAGUGGGGUUAUUCCUGAAGCUCCAGUUGUAGCAGGGGUCGAACUACUGGUGACAUCGGUACAGCCCAUUUGUCUUGCUGUGGACUCCCAGUCUGUUUUGGUCCCUGUGUCGCUGUGCAGUCCGGAUGCCCUUUCCCGUGUGGUGGACUUGUGUUGUGGCAUGGGUGGAUUUUCUUCUACGGCCAGUCGUCUUGGUUUUAACGUGCAGGCUGGGGUUGACCAGAAUGGCAUUUGGCAGUCCCUCUUCGGUACUUUGCAUCCUGGGGCAACGUUUGUCUGUGGUGACCUUGCGGACCCCUCGGUUGUCCAAAAGCUGAUGCAGCAGGACCUUUUUCAUGCCGUUGUCUGUUCUGGAAUUGCUUGUCAGCCCCAUUCGGUCUUGGGGGAUCGUCGGGGUAUGGAGGAUCCCAGGUCUGCCUCCUUGCCCAAGUCGCUCUUGAUCGGUUGGCUUCUCCAAUCAGCUGCAGUGAUCCUUGAGUGUACUCCUGAGAUCUUGAGAGACGCUGCUGCUCAGGAGAUCAUUCGCCAAUUUGCUGUGGACACUGGAUUUCGUGUCAGUCAAGCCAUUGUCAAGCUUGGGAAUGUUUGGUGCACCCGACGUGACCGUUGGAUUGCUGUGCUUACUGCCCCGGUUGUGUCUCCCUGUGAGUUGCUUGACCUCCCCAUGGACUCUGACAUCAGGGUUGUUGCUGACUUGAUCCCUGAGUUCCAGCUUUGGCAUCAGUAUGACCAGAACCAGCUGGUGCUGAACUUGUAUGAACUGUCGAAGUACUACCAGUUUGCAGCUGGGGGCAUGGAAUCGACUUGGCUGAAACCACAUGAGAAGCUGCCGACCCUGUUGCGUAGUGCUGGCAAUCAGCUUUACACCUGUGCAUGUGGUUGCAGAGCUGCCUUGAGUGACAAGCGCUUGAGCCAACGUGGACUUAUCGGCACUUUGCUGAAGUUGGGCACGUCACAGGUGCACAUGCAUGUCUGUAUGGAGCAUGCACGAUACCUUCACCCCAUUGAAAUGUGGGCACUCAUGGGAGGCAUGCCAAACAUCUCCAUGGGUCACAAUUUGCGCCUUGCCAUGUCUGGAGUUGGUCAAGCAGUGGCACCCAUCAUGGGGCUUUGGAUUUUUGCCCAGGUGAAAAGAUGCUUGGACUUAACGCUUGAAUUGCCGAACCCAUGUGACCCCUUGAAAGCCUUGCAAACCUACAUGCAUGAGGUUGUUGAGUGCUGUCGGACAAUGUGGCCAUUGCCAGUUGCUCCCACGGCGGUGGAACCUACUGAUGUUGAUGACCCCAUUGAAGAUGUAGGCAUGACAUGUGUUGUCACCCGUCCGUUGACUGAUGAACCUGAUGUUGCCAUUGGUCUGUCCCCCGGUACCACUGGUUCCCAGUUGUUGCAAGCUGAGGCCAAUCUUGGACUUUCGGUCGAUGGUUGUUUGGUGCGCAUUGAUGGACUUGCGGUUGAUCCGAACUUGCCCAUUCCAGGUGGUUCACUUGUUGCCAUUGUCCCUGCCAGUUGGACUCCUGAUCAGUUGAAGGCGCAGCCUCACCUGCCUUGUUGUCUUGACUCUGCAGAGUUCUUGCACCAAGCCACUGAUCCAGGUUCUUCGCCCAUCACACAACCGGUUGUGACCACUGAACAACUGGCUGACCUGCGCUACCCCGACAUGUUUCGCAUUGCCAGGCAGGAUUUGCUGGGGAUGCAGGGACCAGUGUGGGGAGAUGACGAGAUCAUGCAUGGACUUUUGCAAGUUGCAGUUCUCACGGAAUCGGAUCAAAGAGUUCAUGUUUGGGAUCCAUUGCUUGUUACGGGAUUGGUGCAACAUGACCAGCCUGCUACCUGGAAGGAACUUGUCUCUGUGUUGGGUCCUGUUGCCACGGUCAUCUCUGCAGUGCUUCUUGGAACUCAUUGGAUUCCACUGGUUUGGAGAGUCGAUAUGGUUGGGGUCGUGCUGCAUUCUCUCUCGGUGUCUCCGGGCUUUGAAACUGCUUUGGAAGGAUUGAGUCGAGUUAUUGGACUUGUGCGGGGGGGUGCCCAGGGGGUCUGGAAAGCCCACAGUAUUGGAUUUCUCCCUGCAGGCCAUUGUGGGGCCUUGUGUUUGAGUUUUGUGCGUCACCUUUUGUGGGGCCACCCCAUGGUUGCUGAUCCACCUGCUCUGGAGGAGUUUGCUCACAGGAUCCGCUUUGAGUUCGGUGAUGGGCUUCCUGACCCUUGUCAACGUCCACGUCUGGCUGGUCUUGGUCUUUCGUUGUCCAACCGUUUGGCUCUGCUCUUGACUCAGCAUGGUGUCUCUGAAGCUGACUCCGCCCAGCGUGCUUCUGCUGUCUUGAAGGCACUUGGUGAAGAAGGGGUCUCAAGGGCUCUUGAUGCGACCAAUCCAUGGAGGGAACUCAAAUGGUUGGCCAACCAAUUGCGGCCGCCGUAUAUGUUGAUCAAACCUUCUGAGCUCCAGAUGCAGGUUUCCAAACGCCAGGCUGACAGGCCAAUUGGCCACAAGAAGCACAAGCAGGCCAAAGGCAAAGGCAAGGGGGUCCCUCCUGCUGCCAGUGUUGACCCAUCCCUGUUGCGUCUUGAACAUGGAAUUUUCCAAAGCGACAAUGGCCAAGGCUUGAGCCAGCUUCCGUUGCCCCAAAUUGGGCCCAAUGCUGCCGGAGUUGCUGUGGUGUCUGCAGCCUGUGUUGAGCCCUAUCUUAAAGCACCCAACCCUUUGUCUGCAGGUCCCCUGGCUUUCUUUGUGGUUGAUGCUGAGGGCCCGUUGCCCACCUCCUUUCCGGUCACUGCUGAGCGUGUCCCGUUGGUCUGUGCUGCUAAUGGUGAGCCUUUGCUUGUUGAUGGCCUUCUUUUCCAACUUGGUGCAAUCCGGGUUCAAAGGGCUCCUGUUCAGCAGGGAUGUGAAGUUCUCUCCAUUCCGACCUGCGUGGUGAAGGCUAUUGUGUUCCGUGAUGAAACGACUGAGGAUUGGCAAACAGUGGUUGCUCACCCAUUGCAACACAUCUUUGAGAAGAUCCCGCCAAUGCAAGCAUGUGGGGACCCUGAAUGUCCAGGAUGUGAAGCUUGGCACAAAUUGCCCCAAGCGCCAAUGGACUCUCCGGUGCUUGAACUCUGGGGUAAGCAGUGGUUGCGUCUGGACUUUUCUCAUUGCCCACCAGAAAAAGCUGACAUGUUCACGGCUCACAUCCGCCUGCCGGAGCACCUCCAAUUCCAGGUGCAGCACUUCUCAGGGCAUAGUGGGGUUUACCUUGAGCCGAAAGCCUUGGAUGGCAGAAAGCCUUCGCCUGACUUUCAGGUGGUGUGGAUCCCUAAGUUGGAUGCUUCCCAGUUGCUGCUGCAGCGCCAGACCAUUCCCAAUGUGGUCGGCAUGGCAAGACUAGGAGCCAAGGUUGGAUUGAGGUGCCGUACUGAGCAUGCUGCCGAGGUGUUUGCAAAGCUGAGGAUGGCCCAUGGUGAUGUCAUGUUUGCCAGAGAGGAUGAUGUCAGCCAGCCUGCACGUACCGAACCCAAGGUGGUUGCCACGUCUGCCACGGAAUCCUUUGUGUCCAAAGCAUGCAUGGAGGUUGAUGAUGACGCCAAUGUGGAUCGCCGGGUCUCCCAGCUGGAGUCUCAAGUUCAGGACCUGCAGAACCAAGCACAGAGUUUGGCCAAGACUACUUUGCAGAAUGCCCAAGAGACAGCCGCCAAUUUCCAAGACCUCCGUACCCAGGUCCACCAGCAGGGUCAGCAAUUUGAGCAAGCCGUGGCUACCCAGGCCCACACGAUCCAAACGUUCCAAGAUGCCUUCCAAGAGCAGUUCAGACAGCAGGAAUUGCCUGACUCGGUGGGAGUGGUGUUUCCCCGUAUCCUCGACGGCUCUGUCUCUUGCGGGCGUUGGCUGGAGUGUCUAACUUGGGGUCCACCGGAUCCACGAUGGAUCUCUUUGCUUUGCCUCGAGCAGUUGACCAGGAUCUUUCUGCUCUUCUCCGGGUGUUGUGAUCUACUUGGCCGCGUUGGACUCUCUUGGCCAGUGGCCUAUUGGAUUGCCGGCCUCUCUCAAGGUGGUUUUUGGAUUUGGUGUUGUGCUUGUAUCUGUCGCAUCAUGUGUGCAGGACUCUCCUUUGGCGUUUCCGAAUUCUUGGGGAGGUCGACAGCCUUGGCGUUCCGCACUGGCAGGAGUCAAGUCACCUGGCGACUUGUUGUGCUUGGCCUCGGGGUUCUCUUGGUGGUUUGGCCUUUGUUCGAGGUCAUGCAUUGGUGCAGCGCGGGGACACUGGUGUCUCACUUGCUUCUGAAUAUGCUGAUGAGCGUGACGUCUAUGUUUGCUGAUUGUGCCCGUUUCUGUGGCCAGUUUUGGGUUUCACUUCGGGUUUUUGUGCAUGGUUUCAGAACCUUAGCUUUGGUGGUUCUUGCUAUGUGUGCCCGUUAUUUUGUGUGUGGUCAAAUCCUUUGUGCGCAGCAGCCCUUGGAUGACCUGCAGAACAAACAAUUUUGGACUUUGCCAACUGCCAGAAAGAGGGCUGGGAGCCCCCUUUUCAAUCCGAGGGUUUGCUUCAGGCAGUGGUUUUUUGCUUUGGCACUUGCUGGUUUGUUGCGUGUGGGCGAAGCCUCGCACCCUGGCCCUGAGUCAGUCCCCGCUACGUGGUCUUUGGGCACAACAAACCCUUCUGGCUUGAAUAGGAAGCUUGGCCAACUUCAUCACUUGGAUGGUGAUGCAUGGAUUUUUGCGGAAACGCAUCUAUCCCAGAAAGGAAUGUCAGGACUGGCCAAAGGGCUUAAGAUGCUUCACAGCCCAUGGAAGUAUGUUGUCCCAGGUGCUCCUUGCCUUGCCCGCCCGGGCACUGACACAGGAAUCCAUUCGGGCGUUUUGUUUGCCUCCAAGUUCCCUGCCAGGGCUUUGCCACAUGCCUUUGAUCCUGAUUCCUAUGCAACGUCACGCAUUCAGGUGGUUGGUAUGGCGGUCAAUGAGGUUUGGGUCACUGUGGGGAUGCUCUAUGGUUUGCCAGGUAAUGCUGCUCACAGGCAAGCCCGGUACCAAACAGAUGCCCUCCUUGCGGAAUUGGUUGACCGGGUUGGUGCUCAAGCAACUGGUCCUCGGGUCAUCGGUGGGGACUUCAAUUUUGCUCCUGAGGAGCUCCAACAGCUGCAGCGGCUCCAUGACUUAGGCUUCCGUGAGGUGCAAGAUCUUAAUGCCUGGCGUUUUGGAAUUUCUGCUCAGGCCACUGGACGAGGUACCAAGAGGAUUGACCAGAUGUGGAUUUCGCCUGAGUUGCAACUUGCCUUCUUGGGUGCCCGGGUUGUCUUUGACUAUUGGGCUGACCAUGCCGCUGUCCAAGCCUCCUUUUCUUGCCCCAACAUGCAUACCACUGUUUUGUCUUGGCCAACGCCGCAGGCCUUUCCUUGGCCCUCCCAAUGGACUUGCCAGGUGGAUUUUGAUCCUGGGGGAGAUCUAACAGUUGAAUAUGCACAAUUUUGGGCACAGGUUGAGCUGCGAGCCAAGUUGUGGAACCAACAUCAUGGGGUCUUUGUUAUCAAAGCUCAAUGUGGCAGAGCAACAGUUUUGGAAUCGAAACCGGUGAGACAAUCGCAAUGUGCAGUGAAGAAAGCCCGCAACGGUGACCUUCAGCCGGCCUACAUUGGCACUAGCUUACAACAUGCCCGUUUUUUCCGCCAGCUUCGGAGACUCCGGUCUCUUUGUCGCAUCUUGGUCAAAGGGGUUUCCAGUUUUCAGGGGAAAUGCAACCUUGAUGACACCUGGCGUGCCAUACGCUGUGCUGCGGGCUUCCCGGGUGGAUUUGGACUUUGGUGGGAUGCUCAUGCCUUGAAGCCUGCGUUGGGGGGCCCCUUGCCUUUGAUGUGCCCUUCUUUGGACUUUGCCCAGGGCCUCUUUCAGGGUUUUCAGGUGUACGUGCGGGCUUAUGAGCGUGACUUGACCAGUCGCCGCUACCAACAUGCUAAAGCCAGGCGAGAGCAUCAUCUGGCCUUUGUCUUUCAGGACUGCAAAGAUGACCCCCUGCCCAAAGCUGAGACCCUUCUUGAUCGGGUUGCUCUCUCUGUCGAAGAAGUCCGUGAAGAGGACCAGUCGGUUGUGCUGGUUCAGCCCUCUCCUUUGUUGGCUGAUGUCCCGGUGGUUAUCCAAGGCCAGGUUGUUGAUGUUGUUGCCCACUCUGAGGACCAAAUCUGGCUUGAAUCUGUGGCUGGCCUUUCCCCAGGUGAUGUCCUUACCCAAGAACGUCCGGUCACCUCUGAUUUGGACAUUCUGCAACGGUUUGCUGAUGCUUGGGCGCCACGGUGGACUAAGCAAGCCCAUGUUCUGCCUGGUCAAUGGGACCAAAUCUGUGGCUUCUUGGACAAAACCCUCCGCCCUCUGCACUGGGACCAUUUUGAGUGGACUUCUGAUCGGCUACUGCAGGCCAUACGCCAUAAGAAAAGAUCAGCGGCCAAAGGGCCCGAUGGAGUUUCCCAAUCAGACUUAGCCGCACUUCCCGAAGGUGCCCUACAAGCUGUAGUCAGUAUGUUUGGUGCUGUUGAAUCUGGGUCUUCUUGGCCAGCCCAACUUGCCAAUGGCUUUGUUUCCAGCUUGGCUAAACGACCUGAUGCAGCCAAGGUUGAUGAAUUCCGUCCUGUGGUGGUUUACAGUCUUCUGUACCGGGUUUGGUCUUCGGAGCGUGCCCGUGAGGCCUUGCGAUGCAUAGCCAAAGUCCUGCCCGACAGUGUCCAGGGUGGUGUCCCGGCCCGUCAGGCCAAAGCCAUUUGGUAUGAACUUGCUACAGCCUUGGAGCAGUCGUAUUUCCAUGGCACGAGCCUUCAUGGGCUACUGAUGAAUAUCCAGAAAGCUUUCAACAACAUCCCACGUGGGCCUCUUUGGUAUGCGCUUUCGCUGCUGCACUUCCCUGAGUCUUCCCUGCGUGCUUGGGCUGGAUUUGUCUCGAAGCAAACUCGCCGUUUUCGGGUUCGUCAGUCGGUUGGGGCCCCGUUGGCAUCAAACUGCGGUCUGCCUGAAGGUUGUGCUUUCUCUGUCUUUGGAAUGGUGGUAGUUGACUGGAUUUUGGAUUUGUGGCUACAUGCUCAAAAUGUUCCGGUUUGUCUGCGCACUUUUGUCGAUGAUUGGGGUCUUCUUUUUCAUGAUGUGAGUGUUUUUGAGAGGGCUUGGACUGCAGUCGAGACCUUUACAGAGCAUCUGGAUUUAGCUCUUGACCUUUCCAAGACCCGGGUUUGGUCCAAUGCAGCCUCGGCCAGAAAGGAGUUCCGGUUCAGCCAAGUCGCAGUUGCCAGGGCUGCACGAAACCUAGGUGCCCAUCAAAACUUUACCAGGCAUUGCCACAAUGCUGAGCUCCAAAAGCGGCUGGUGCAGCUUCCACCGGUUUGGGUAAGGCUCCGGGCUUCUCAGGGACCAUACCAUCAUAAGCUGACUGCUAUCCACAUGAUGGCUUGGCCGCGGGCUUUACAUGGGAUCUCGGUGGUCCACUUGGGGGACUGUCACUUUCGGGUUCUCAGGUCAGGAGCCAUGCGGGCUCUUCGAGCCGAUCGAAAAGGAGCUAAUCCAAUGCUCCAUUUGGUUUCUUCUUCGCCCUUGAGCGAUCCAGAGGCAUGGGCAAUCCUUCAAACUUUCCGUGAUGCCCGGGAUUUGGGCAAUGCCUGUCAACUUGAAUCCAUGCUUGGCUUGUUUUCCCAGGGAGGGGAGGGUCUGCCUCACAAUGGCCCCACCUCAGUUUUGUUGUCGCGGCUCCACCGUAUCGGUUGGGCUGUUGGUGGUCAAGGUUUGGUUCAGGACCGGUUUGGCACUUUCAGUGUUUCACAUGUUGCCUGGGAUGAAUUGGAGCUGCGUUUCAAGUUUGCCUGGGGCCGUGUCCUUGCUGAUGAGGUCGCCCACCGACCGACCUUCCAUGGCAUUGAGCAGGUGGACUUGCCAGAACUGCAUCGUGCCCUGCACAAGUUUGGUCCCGUGGAUUUGGUCUACCUGCGGUGUCACCUUGACGGUACCCUGUUUACCCAAAAUGGCAGGGCGAAGUUUGAUUCUUCGGUGUCUUCCACUUGUCCUUGGUGCCCCGCCAAAGAUGGUUUUCAUCACCGUGCCUGGGAAUGUCCCCACUUUGCCCCCUGUCGUCGCCACUUUACAGCGGAGCAACUUGCGGUGGUUGAAUCUCUUCCCUCUUGCCUUGUUGACCAUGGUUGGCCGGUUGUUUUACCUGAAUGGGAGAUCUUUGUUGGGCUUCUGCUUCGGGCUGAUGGAUUUCCACGGGUGUCACCAGUAGUCCCCCCUGUUGCAAGUGAAGUUUCGGUUGACUUGUUUACAGAUGGAUCGGGAGCUUAUCCAAGGGAACCCAAACUCCGAUUUGCCGCCUGGGCAGUUACAAUGGUGCCUGGAGGCGUUGGAACCCUUGACAACAGACUGAUCUUGGCAGGUCAUGUGCAUGGGAUCAUACAAACCCCGUACAGGGCAGAGCUGACAGCAGUCUUGGCCGCUAUCACCUGGGCCUCGCAGAGGCAACAACGUGUCAGGCUUUGGUGUGAUUGCCAAGGAGUAGUUUCAGGGCUCAGGAGAAUCUUGCGCCGAUUGCCGCUCAAGCGAAAUCGGCCGCAUUCAGACCUUUGGAAUCAAUUGAACAGUUUGGUCGGUUCUUUGGAUCCAGGCAUGGUUCAGGUUUUCAAAGUGGUUUCGCAUGGGCAGAUCUCGCAGGCAACUGGCCCAAUUGAGGAGUGGGCAUAUUGGCAUAAUCAUCUCACGGACAUGGCGGCAGCAGAGGUGAAUCACCGGCGCUCUCCUGAUUUUUGGGAGGCAUGGGCGGGACUGGCUCAAGCGCUUGCAUUUCACAGGUCUCUUCAUGGUGCAAUCUUGAAAAUGCUUUUGAUGACGUCGCGAAUGGCAGCGGCUGAUCAGACAGUGCCUCCGAAGCCGCGGCCUUUGCAGGUGGAACAGGCCAUCCCAGUCCCGGUGGCUCCGCUGACGUGGCAGGUGCCGCCGAAACUCAUCCAGCGCUACGGCCACAUCAACAUGCAACACCUCCAUGCGUGGUGGAGUCAGACUGGAAGUGCUAUGUUGCAAGGCGAUGGACCAUUAGCUUUCAUUUCGGGUAUUCAGAUCUUCAUGGCUUUCAACCUUCACACUGCAUUUACAGGUCCCUGGUGCCAUAAGAAGCGCUGGUAUGGAACAGAAGAAGCAGCUCCCAUCACUGCCCGGCUCCAAUGGGGCGCGAGGUGUCAGUGGUUCUUGCGAAUGUGGAAGUCUUACAUGAAAGCCAAUCAGGUUUUGAUUCCAACCCGUAUGACAAGGCCUUGCUCGGCAUCAGUUUCCCGAUGGACAGUCUGCUACCGAAUGAAGUGGAGUCAACGAUUGCUGGAUGGUGUGGACGAAGCUUUGCUCGCCCAAAACGGGCGACAAAUCACGUCGACAAGUGAUGUGAUGGGUCUCAGUGCCGCUAAGACCGGCUAG